AUGUCGAACAUAAGUGAGUUCUAUCGCGACAAGGUGGUGUUCGUGACCGGUGGUACCGGGUUCAUCGGGAAGAUUGUGGUGGAAAAACUGCUGCGUUCAUGCGGCGUUAAGGAAGUGAUUCUUAUGGUGCGCGAGAAAAAGAACACGCAGCCGGAGCAGCGCAUCAAAACGCUUUGCUCUUCACCGGUUUUUGACCGACUGGCGAAAAAGAAUCCCAACUACCAGGACCAGAUCAAGGUGAUUGAGGGUGAUCUGGAGAAGCCCAACUUUGACCUCUGCCCGGAGAGCAUGGAAUAUCUGAGGGAGCACACCAAUGUCAUCCUGCACAUUGCGGCCACCGUGAAGUUCGACGAGGAGAUGAUCAAGGCAAUCACUAUCAACAUCGGCGGUACACGGACCGCUUUGGAAAUCGGACGUCAGGCCAAGAAUCUACAGAGUUUCGUGUACGUUUCAACGGCAUACUCGAACAGCUACGACGAAUACAUUCAGGAGCGCGUCUACCCGGUCGACUGCAACCCGGAGAAGAUCCUGGCCAAUCUCGAUGACGAGAAGCUGAUACAGGACGUUAUCAAGUACUCCCAAAAGUGGCCAAACACGUACACCUUCACAAAGGCGCUCGCCGAAACACUGACGCUCGAGUACCGGCAGCACUUCCCGAUCGCGAUCCUACGUCCGUCCUGCGUGAUGUCCAGCCUGAACGAACCGAUGCCGGGAUGGUGUGACUCGAUCUUUGGUACGAACGGAACGUUCAUCGGUUGGUACUACGGGCUUAUUCGCACCAGUCACAUCGACCCGGAUGUGACAAUUGACACGGUACCGGUGGACUACGUGUCCAAUGCAAUCAUCGCCGUCGGCUGGAAAACGUACAUCCAGAGAGUCCAAGAACCAGAGGUAGUGGUAUACAAUUGCGUUAGCUCCACCGACAAUCCAUUGACUUUUGAUGAAAGAAGGCGCGAAUGCGAGAAAGCCUGCAAGAAGCACCCCCUGCUGACGGGCAUCUACAAACCGAUUACCUUCACGUCCAGCAACGAGUUCUUGUUCCGGCUGUACUCCAUUCUGCUUCACUAUGUGCCCGCCUACAUCAUGGACACGGCCAUGAGGCUUCGGGGUGAGAAGCCGCGCCUAGUCGAUGCCUACGUCAAGAUCGACAAGGUGGUGGCGACGGUCAAAAAGUUCUCCAACACAACAUACUUCUUCGACAAUCAGAAUAUGAAGGAUUUGUAUCUACUAAUGUGCCCCGUUGACCUCCAGCUGUAUCCGUGCGACAACCGAAACUACACCUGGCGGCUGUUCUUCGAGGUGGCGGUGCCCGGGUUGAAGAAAUACUUCUUCAAGGAGGACCUCAACAACGUCCGGCAGGCCCGGCUGGCGAUGCGAAAGAAGGAGCUGAUCGUGAACACGGUGCUGUUCGCGUUUGUUGGCCUUAUACUGCUGCAGCUGUACUAUCUGCUCUUCUAGGCGCGCCGUUUUCCCUUUUUAAACAACACUCAUUUUACUGCAAUGGAUUCCACAGAAACCGUUCCGGGGACGACUCGUCUUGGGA